AUGUCACAUAAAUCUGAAGAACAAUAUAACUGGUUGUUUGAAAGCUUGAUUGACUUUGCCAAAGAGAAUAAAAUUGAUCUCUAUCCUUCUAGAAUCAUCACCGAUUUUGAAGUCACUUCAAUAAAUACAUCACG